UUACAGGUGGCAGAUGGUCUUGUCUUAGAGAAGACCUCAUCUCCAUUAGGCGUACUCUUGAUUGUUUUUGAAUCCCGACCUGAUGCACUUGUACAGAUAGCUUCACUUGCCAUCCGGAGUGGUAAUGGUCUUCUGUUGAAGGGUGGAAAAGAGGCCCGGCGAUCAAAUGCUAUCUUACACAAGGUGAUUACUGAUGCAAUUCCAGAGACGGUCGGGGGUAAACUCAUUGGACUUGUGACUUCAAGAGAAGAGAUUCCUGAUUUGCUCAAGCUUGAUGAUGUUAUCGAUCUUGUGAUCCCAAGAGGCAGCAACAAGCUUGUUACUCAGAUAAAAAAUACUACAAAAAUCCCUGUGCUUGGUCAUGCUGAUGGAAUCUGUCAUGUAUAUGUCGACAAGUCUUGUGAUACGGAUAUGGCAAAGCGCAUAGUUUCUGAUGCAAAGUUGGACUAUCCAGCAGCCUGUAAUGCGAUGGAAACCCUUCUUGUGCAUAAGGAUCUAGAGCAGAAUGCUGUGCUCAAUGAGCUUAUUUUUGCUCUGCAGAGCAAUGGAGUCACUUUGUAUGGUGGACCAAGGGCAAGUGCAAUACUGAACAUACCAGAAGCACGGUCAUUCAACCAUGAGUACUGUGCCAAGGCUUGCACUGUUGAAGUUGUUGAAGACGUUUAUGGUGCUAUAGAUCACAUUCACCGACAUGGAAGUGCACACACAGACUGCAUUGUGACAGAGGAUCACGAAGUUGCAGAGCUAUUCCUUCGCCAAGUGGACAGCGCUGCUGUUUUCCACAACGCAAGCACACGAUUCUCAGAUGGUUUCCGAUUUGGACUUGGUGCUGAGGUGGGAGUAAGCACGGGCCGUAUCCAUGCUCGUGGUCCAGUCGGGGUCGAAGGAUUACUUACAACGAGAUGGAUAAUGAGAGGAAAAGGACAAGUUGUCGACGGAGACAAUGGAAUUGUUUACACCCAUCAGGACAUUCCCAUCCAAGCUUAAAACAAAACGUCGAGUGUGUUUGUGUUUGGUUGAGACUUGAGGAGAGACACAGAGGAGGAUGGGCUUUUUGUUUCCUCUCUGCUUAGUACUCAUAUCCAAUCAUUAUUAUUAUUACUACUUAUUAUUGAAACCCUCGCUCAUGUAGUGGUUUUGAUUUAGGGUUAGGAUUGCACCAAAAAAUAAGAUCUACUUUACCACUUGGUCUUGCUCAUAAGUAAGUUUAUUAGCUUCUCUUCUUGUCAUUAUUGUAAGCUACCUACACCUUUUCUGAUAUUUUAUCAAGAUACUACUACUUUUCGUA